GUGGGCAUGGUUCACUUUAUAUGAGCUUUCCUGAGAAGUGUUACAGACAAAACCAUAAGAAGAAGGAAUUACUUUUGUUUUUAGAUAUAAAAAGGCCACACAACAAUAUACAGCCUGCUACUCUGAAGGUGGUACAGGCAACAAACAACCCCAUCUGAGUUGCACGUCGAUUUCAAUGCUGUUAAUGAACAACUUUAUGCUGUCAAGCGCAUAAACCACAGGACCUGUUUAUCAGGGCUCUCCAGUCUAAAAUAUGUGGAGAAAAAUGCAGUGAACUUGAAGCUUCCUCUGAGCAGCAGUGGCUCUGUGCACAAUGUUUACUUCUGGAUGGAUCGCUGGGAUGAUCUUACUGAUUGCUCCCUUGUCACUCAGUAGUUUGGACAUCAUAAAAAAUGACAGAAAAGUUACCUGCUCUCAGGGUCUCAGGGAUUGCACUAUGAUGGAUGGGACAGGUAUUGAUUUAAAUACAGUGGAAGUGACUAAUCUGAAGGCACAAGUGAAGCUGUGCUGCAGACGAGACACAUGUGCACUCUGUCUGCUGUUCCAAAUUAAAGUCGAUUUGAAUAAACCUGGAGAAGACGAGGGCCACUCUGGUCUGGAAGAUGACGAUAGCAUGGAGGAGGAAGACAAUGAAGCUAAAACGUGUUCUGUGACAGUCUGUUAUAAGACACCACUGGGGAUGUCCAAAUGCAAAAAGGUGGAGUUUAUCGUAAACCCAGCUAAGCCUUCUCAUCAGAGCACUGCACAAAUUUCUAUGACAGUUACAAACGCCAUGAUUUCCUAUGAGAACCAUCUUUUUAUUGACUCACCAGAUGCCAGAGUGGAUGUUGUGAAUGUGAAUGUUCCAUCACUUAAAGAUGUAUGUAGCUCAAACAUAAGCAUUUAUGUACAAGAAUGUAAUGCACCCAAAAUGACCUUUUUCACCAAUAAAUCAGUGAAUCAAGUGGAGCUGAGUUUUAUUGGCAAUGACAGCAGUCUCACUGAAGUGUGCAUUCAGAACGAGAUCAACGGGACCUGCAAGCGCUGGGAUAGGAAACCUAUUCCACUGGAGUCCGUCACGCCAUGCACGUGCUUUCAGGCGUGGAAAGGAGAUGGACAAACCAUGCGCUCCAGAAGCUGCCCUUUCAAAUACAACACAACUUUGAGUAAACAUAUCUGGAAGAACGUUUCACUAUCUGUGCAAAAAGGCUUUUACAACUCUAACCUGAGCCUCUUGUGGAAUGUGUCCGCCCCCUGUCGGCUUGAAGGAAAAUUGUGGCUCUGUGAGAUUACUCCAGGCUCCACUUCGUGCAAAGAAAUGAAGGGAUUUAGAAAACCAGUGGGGAAUGACUUUUGGACACAAAAUAGCGAGGGUUUCUGGGAGAAAACAGGCAUCUUUGAUGAAAUAAAUCUCAAAAAUGAACUUUGUGUGAUGUUAAAAAUCAAGGGAAUGCAGAGUGAGAUGGGGCCUUUCUGCUGCAUCUCAGUCUCAGUUGACAGGUGGCGCUGGAGUCUCUUUGCUGUUGCUUUGAUGCUGCUUUUCUCCCUAACUCUCCUGGUCACCUUUUGCCUACGGAACUUUGUCAAAAAAUCAGUAAUAUGGAGCUGGCGUCAUGGAGGACUUGUCAAAAUUCACAAGGCCCAUGUGCUGGUGCUGAGUCCCCCGGACAGUAGUGGGGAGGUGUCCUCUGCAGUUUGCAACCUGGGGUCCCUCCUCUGCUCCAAUGGCUUCAGUGUGACCGUGGAUCAGUGGAGCCGGAGAGGCCAGCUCAGCUCGGGACCCCUGCCCUGGGCCCACUGUCAGUUGCUCAGUAUGGACCGCACCUGUGAGCGCGUACUGCUGGUGCUCACUCCCAGAGCUGUGGACAGGGCACAGAAUUGGAGCUGUCAGGAUAGUCCCAUCAGUGACCACCAGGAGGAGUCUCCGUACUCUGAUGUCUUCAGAGCUUCACUGUUGGCCAUUGAGGCCUACAAAAACCAGGGCAGAGCCAGGGAGCGCUUUGUCCUGGUCACAUUUGACUCUCAGUGGACAGAGGCAAAAAUCUUCAACAAUAAACUACCCGAGAUCCUCCAGGGUCUUCCUCUUUUCCACUUCCCAUCCCAGACUAAAGAACUGCUGGCAGACUUGUGUGUGGUUAGAGCACAGAAACAGGCAAAAAGAAGUUGGACUUGGGCUUUCCCCGGGGACAGAUAUAAGGGCUGUGCAUCACUGCACUCAAAAACAUGUGAAACUGAGGCAAGACUUCUGCAUCAUUUAUAAAUUUACUAUUAUUUUUGUGAAAUGAAGAAAAAAAAAAGAUCUCAUUGCCAUAAAUGAUCAAGAGGCACUCACCCCGCCAAUUUUAUGUACAUAUCUGUGCAACCUGGGCAUCAUCAUAAUUACAGUAUUACAGCAUAUUAUUUAUUAUUGUUUGUGCUUAUACUAUAAAUAAUAUUGCAAAUUGUUGUA